AUGCCUCGCACACUUCAAAAAGUACACAAGCAAAUCGCUAAGAAGCGCGGUGUCAUCGACUCGCUUCAUGAAUUCAGCCGUGAUGCGAGACGUUUACGCCGUGCGGGCUGUCGCGACGACCGAUUGAACCGCCAUACCUCAGCCGUUAUGAAGGCCCGCCAACCUUACAUGGAGCGCAUUGAAUACUUCCAUAACGUUGUUCAAAAUCACGACGAGCCUUUGACCGACGAGGCAUUGGUUGAGGUGGUCAACCAGUGCAUUAACCGAGAUAGCGAUGAGCUCGCACAGCUCCAGCAGGAAAGGCGUAAAGGCCGCCCACCAAUUCGUCGCGAGGAAGCUUUGACACAACGGACGCAAGCCGAGGAAAAGGAAUUCAAGACUGGAUUCUGGAUGCCGGAUCUUAGCGACGAGGAUGCGUUCUUGAAGUUGAAGCACUGGAAUGGGGAAUGGACUGCUCUCAGCUCGGCCAAGUUCAUUCGGUUGGUGCUUGGUGGAGAGAAACAAUCCUCCAGCUUCCCGCCCAAGGGCAUGUCAUGA